AUGUAAGUGUUGAAUAUAGGGACUUUUGAGGAUAAGAAUUCAUUUUAUUAUCUAAUAUAUAAUGGAAAAAUUUAUAUUUUUGAUAUUUGUAGAGUUUUGAGAAAAGUAAAUAAGUUCAGUAGACAGGAUUAUAAUAGUUAUGAGAAACUGAUUCAAUAAGCAAGGGAGAUUUUUAAGAAGAUAAUACAUUAAAUCUACAUACGUACUUCGUAAACCAAUUUUAAUUAGCAGGAAAUUCAGAAUCCCCUUCAAACCUAAAUUAUUAGAUAUGAUAGCUAUUGAUUAAGCAAAAAAGAAAAUAACUAGUAUGUCGAUAUUUGGAAAAUCAGUGCAAACGCAGUCAAUGUAUCACUAACUUGUAAUGAUCUUAAUAAUACAGGAAUUGGGUAGAAAAUAGGAGCAAUAGUUACAAUUAAUGGAUUAAAAAGAAAUUAGAAAUAUUAUUUUGCUGUUGCAGCUUAUGAUGGUACUGAGGGUGUAUCAAAUGGAAUAGGAGAAACAGGAGAUGAAAUUACAACAAUACAUCCAUUACCGUUACCUUUAUUAGCAUCAUAUUUAUUUAAAGUAGCCUAUUAAUUAUCUAAUUUUGAUAUUUGUGAAGAUGCAGCUGAUUUCUGUAUAAUGUAAUUUACUGAAAAUAGUGAAUUUAUUGACCGUUAAUUACAUAAUGAACUUAAUCCUAUACAUGUCAAACGAUUACUCUAGUAGAGAAUUAAAUCAGUAAGUUUAAUUGAAAUAUAAAAUUUGACAGAAACAUUAUUAAUUAAAGCCAAAUGUUUAUAAAAGAAAUUACGAAUAUAGGAACUUAAGCUUAGAAACAUAUAGUAUUAUUAUAAAUUUGCAACUAUUUAUUACAUUCAUUAGAAACAUCAUUAAGUUGUAGACAUUUUACAGUUGCCAAAAGAAUUGUAGCCGAAUUGUAUAAUAUGUUAGAAUCAUUCUAGUAAGAAAAACCAUUAUAAGUAUUUUAUCUUUUUACUUAAAUCAUAAAUUAUAAUAGUUGAAAUACCUAAAUAAUAUUGGGAUGCCAAUUUACGUAUAUUAUCAGCUAAAUUUACCUAUGAAAUAUUAAAAGUAUGUAUGAAACUAAAUGAAAUAACUUUAGGAAGAAGAGUUAAUUAUAAUCGUUUAACAGAAAAUGGUAUUAUGUACCUAAAAUUAUUAUGAUUGAAUAAGUAGAAGACGCUAAAAAGGAUACCAAAAAAGAUGUCAAAAAGGAAGGUAAACAAUAAUAAGCUGAUGAACCUGUAUAACCUCCUAAAUAAGUACCUAAAUUGAUAAGAGAAUUAUAUUAAAUGAAUUCUACUGUUUAAGAUUACUUACAAGAAACUCUAUUGGUCUGAACGAUGAAUUUGGUGAUUAUAUUCCUUCAUUUGUUGAAAAGUGGAAAGAACAAAUUAAUUAAUUGAUACCCUAUAUGGAGAAUCCCUCUGAUUCAAUAGACAAGAUAUUUAGUGAUAGAUUAAUAAGAUUCAUCAGUGAUUUCAGAUUCAGAAAGUGA